AUGGUUUUCACACCGAUAAACGAGAAUUCCGAGUUAAGCAUGAAAAAGAAAACAGUACUGAUGAAGAACAAUAAUGCAGGUGAACACACUGAUAGUCAGCCUACAGAACAAAAUAUUCCUCUGCCUGCAGUUAAAUCGAAUGGCUUAAGAAGUUCAGUUGAAUUCGAUGUACUUGUGAAACCAUCAUCAUCAUCAUCAUCAUCGAAAUCUGCUAAUUGUUCCCCUUUCACUUGUGUCCAUAAAAGUAGAUUUGGUCUUUUAGGUGCACUGUUUGCCACCUAUGGGAAAACAUUGGCAUGGUCAGCAUUUCUAAAAUUGACUUAUGAUAUUUUAGUAUUUGUAAAUCCUGCACUAUUAAAGUUACUCUUAAAAUUUUUACAGAAUAUUCAUUCAGAGCCAAUGUGGCAUGGAUAUUUGUAUGCUGUAGCUAUAUUUAUUGAUACAAGUGUUCAGUCGGUUAUACUACAAUGCUAUUUUCAUGUUGUAUUCAAUCUUGGUAUGGAUAUAAAAACAGGAAUAACAGCAGCUGUCUAUAGGAAAAGUUUACGAUUGAGUAAUAAAGCUCGACAUGAGUCAACCACUGGGCAAGUUAUGAAUUUAUGUCAUCUGAUGCUCAACAAUUCGUUCAGUUAA